CCGUGAAGGGGCCCCCAGCCCAUCCAGGGCCCCCGUUCCUGGGAUGCCCCAUGCCGCCCCACGUGGGCUAUGGGUCGCCUCUGCCACCACUGCUCUGCAGGCCCUUCGGGCCUCGGCCGAUGCCUCCUAGGCCACCGCCACCAUUCGAUACGUCGCACGCAUGGGCCCACCACUGGGCUUAAGAGACUAUGCGCCCGGCAUGCUGCCUGGACGCCACGACCUGCCGCUACAUUCCCGCGAGUUCUUGCCAGGACCUGUGCCAUUCAGGCCUCCAGGCCCGCUCGGCGCCCGAGCGUAUUUCAUUUCGGAUCCGAGAAUGCCACCACCACCCGCUGGACUCCAGGACUACCGACCACGACCUGCCGGGCCCCAGGACAACCCACCGCUGCCUGCCGGGCCCCAGGAAUACCCACCACCGCCUGCCGGGCCCCAGUAGUACCCACCGCCGCCUGCCGAGCCCCAGAAGUACACACCGCCACCUGCCGGGCCCCAGGAAUACCCACUGCCACCUGCCGGGCCCCAUAACAACCCACCUAUGCCUGCCGGGCCCAAGGACAACCCACUGACGCCUGCCAGGCCCCAGGACUACCCACCACCACCUGUCUGGCCCCAGGACUACCCACCGACGCCUGCCGGGCGCCAGGCCUACCCACCACCAUGUGCCAGGUGCCACCACUACCCACCAUCGCCUGCCAGGCCCCAGGACUACCAACCACCACGUGCCGGGUGCCAGGACUACCCACCGCCGCCUGCCGGGUGCCAGGCCUACCCACCACCACGUGCCGGGCGCCAGCACUAUGCACCUGCGCCUGCCAGGCCCCAGGACUACCCACCACCGCCUGCCGAGCCCCAGGACUACCCACCAUUGCCUGCCGGGCGCCAGGCCUACCCACCACCACCUGCCAGGCCCCAGGACUACCAACCACCACACGUCGGGCCCCAGGACUACCCACCGCCGCCUGCCAGGCGACAGGCCUACCCACCACCACGUGCUGGGCUCCAGGCCUACCCACCACCACUUGCCAGGCGCCAGCACUAACCACCACCGCCUGCCAGGCCCCAGGACUACCAACCACCACGUGCUGGGCUCCAGGACUACCCACUGCUGCCUGCAGGGCCCCAGGACAACCCACCACCAAGUGCCGGGCCUCAGGACCAUGGAUGGCUGCCCUCUGCGAGCCUGAACUUCGCAUGCAGUGACAUUCCCAGAGCCG